AUGACAGAAUAUCAGAAGAUUUUUGAUGAAUGGCUGGAGAGUGGCGUAAUUGAACGGGUACCAGAAGAUGAAAUUGAAAGUGUAGGAAGCUACCUGCCCCACAGACCCGUGUUUAAGCCGAGUAGUACGACCACUCCCACUCGCCCAGUGUUUGAUGCGUCUGCAAAGACGAGCAACUUCCCCUCAUUAAAUGAUUGCUUGGAGAAAGGGGAGAACCUAAUCGAGCUGAUUCCGUCCGUAUUAACGAGAUUCAGAGCAAAACGGUACGGAGUAGUCUCGGAUGUGAAGAAGGCUUUUCUGCAGAUAUCAGUGAGAAGAGAGGACCCGAAUUUCCUAAGAUUCCUAUGGUGGGAGGACUUUGCAACAAAGAAGGUGGAGGUAUUUCGACACUGCCGUGUUGUUUUUGGAGUGUCAUCCAGUCCGUUCUUGUUGGCGUCAACUAUCAACCACCAUUUGGAUAGUGCUCGUGAAGGAGGUCGUGAGGUCGCUCAACUUUUGAAGAAGUCCUUGUAUGUGGAUAACUGCAUCGCCAGUUUAGAUGAUAAAGAACAGUUGGAAGAAUUUGUGCGAAAAUCAACUGCGAUAAUGGAGCAAGGAAGAUUUGAUUUAAGAGGCUGGAUUUGGAGUGGAGAACCAGAAUAUUCGGAUGAUGUUCGGAUCACACCAGUGCUUGGAUUACUCUGGAAUUUAGAAUCAGAUUGCAUCUCACUUGACGUGAAAGAUGAAGAACUCGACGGAGUUCUUACUAAACGGAAGAUUCUGUCAGCCGCCAAUUCUGUUUAUGAUCCUCUCGGUUUCUGCAGUCCCGUCACGCUAAUGCCGAAAUUAUUACUGCAAGAAUUGUGGAUGUUGAAAACCGGGUGGGAUGAGGGCGUGCCUGACUCAGUGAAGAAAGGAUUCGACGUGUGGAGAUCAGAAUUAGCAGCGUUAAAGAAGAUUCAAAUUCCCAGAUGUAUUUUUCGGGGUGUGACGACUAGCCGAAGUAUUCAUGUUUUCUCAGAUGCCAGCAAAUACGCUUACAGUGCCUGCGUAUUUAUGAGAAGUGAAGGAGUCGACGGAGUUAAUGUGCAAUUAGUGAUGGCAAGAGCUCGCGUGGCUUCAGUGAAGAAGAUGACCAUCCCUCGUUUGGAACUUUUGGGAUGCUGUAUUGCGGUCCGGUUGGGAAACACCGUGAAGACGAUGUUGGAGGCGGAAGACCUCCCCAUUAAUUAUUGGACGGAUUCAAGUUGCUCGUUAUAUUGGAUUCACAAGAAUGAGAAUUGGGCAACAUUUGUGAAUAAUCGAGUCCUAGAGAUACGGAAGAACAGUAACGUGGCGGACUGGAGGCACGUUCCGGGCGUGCAUAAUCCUGCCGACUUACCAUCUCCAGGGUGUGGCGGAGCUAGAUUAGUUGACCUCAGAUGGUGGGAGGGACCAGUCUGGCUAAGACAACCUGAAGAAGACUGGCCGAGGUCAGAAGUGAAUUGUGAUCUGAAUGUAGCGAUGGCAGAGAAGAAGACAGUGGUCAGUCACCUCGCUCUGGAAUCAACAAGACCUUGGUAUUUGAACCAUUUCUCAACAUAUCGUAAAAUUGUGAGAAUGGUCGCAUGGAUCCUUCGAUGGAAGAAGAUCAUCAAGUCAAGUCCUAAGCCUGCUGGACCGCUGACAUGUGAAGAGGAAGCGGAUGCGGAGCUGAGAUUAAUUAAGUUAAUUCAAAGUGCAUCCUUCCGUAAGAAUGACCUCGUACUCAAGCAAUUAAAUGUGAUUGAAGAUAACUUGGGAAUGUUACGAGUCGAGGCACGAAUCGUGAGGAGAGCAGACACCAUGGAAUUCAAGCUCCCCUUAUUACUACCUUACUCUCAUCAAGUAGUUGACAUGCUGAUUAUGCAUGUGCAUCAGUCAAGAAAUCAUUGUGGAAUCCAAUACUUGAUGAGCAUUUUGAGAGAUAGAUUUUGGAUUCUUAAAUCAAGACAAGCAGUGAAGAAAGUUGUCUCUAGCUGUGUGAAGUGUAAGAGAUUUUCCAGUAAGAAAGUAACCACACAGGAAGCACCACUCCCAUUGGAUCGUGUACGUGAUGCGGCUGUAUUCGAAAUUGUUGGUAUCGACUUGGGAGGACCACUGUAUCUGAAAGGAGGACAGAAGGCUUGGUUCGUCGUGUUUACUUGUGCCGUCUACAGAGCCGUACAUUUGGAAUUGGUGACGUCGUUGUCAACAGAGGCGUUUCUUCAAAGUUUAAGAAGAUUUGUUUCCCGUCGUGGUCGUCCGUCUGUAAUUUUCUCGGACAACGGGACAAAUUUUGAGGGUGCAAAUAACGCUUUUGCAAAAUUGGAUUGGAAAGAGAUUACCACCACCACUUCAGUCAAUCAAAUUAAGUGGAAGUUUAAUCCGCCAGCAGGACCGUGGUGGGGUGGAUGGUGGGAGCGAGUUGUCGGGAUGGUGAAGGUCCUACUUCGGAAGGUGUUGGGACGAGCAAGUUUGGAUUAUGAAGAAUUGAUGACCGUGCUCUGUGAUUGUGAAGAAAUCAUCAAUUCGCGUCCUCUCACCUACCUGUCUGACGAUCCGGAGGAUUUGGCCCCUCUCACACCCGCAUUGUUUUUGAAUGAGAUGAGAAGUUAUGGACUUCCAGAAGUGGAUGAUUUGGAAGCCAACUUCUUCAACAAGAGAUAUCGCUACCGACAACAAUUGCGAGAAGAUAUCAGGAAGCGGUUUCGAGAUGAGUAUUUGGGGGCUCUUGUUCAAAAAGGAAGAGGAAAGUCGAAAAGGUGCCCUGAAAUCAAGUUGGGUGACAUUGUUCUGUUGGAAGCUGUGAACAAGAAGCGUGUGGAGUGGCCGUUGGCGAAGGUCAUGGAGACGUAUCCUGGACCGGAUGGAAUUGUUCGAGUCGUGAAGCUCAAGACCAAGAAUGGAGAGUUAACUCGACCGGUGCAGCGUGUAUUCCCUUUGGAAGUUUCGACCCAGCAACGCAUUCAUUUUUCUGUUCCAGACACUGUCAAGAAAAUUGGUGAAAGUGAUAGUGCAGUGAUUACUCGUAGUGGUAGGAAAGUGAAAGUCCCAGAGAGAUUGGGCAUUUGUUAA